AAACUGUUUGGCACUCAACUUUCGCACUCAGUUGACCACAGAAGCUGCUAGUGCACACAAGGAAGUCUUUGCUCCCGCUCUCUCUCUCUCCCUUCCUCUCGUUCGCCCUCGUUUUAAAGAUCUGCCCCUCUAAUUAAACAGUCUCAACAUGGUGGAGUUGAAAAAGAGUAUCAUUGGCCAUAUGAUUAUUGCAAUUACUUUCUUCACUUCUGCUAUGCUUUGCACUGUUGCACAGUUGCUGCUGCUGGUUUUGAUUAAACCCUUUAAUACCACACUCUUUCGGAAGUUAGCGAAUUAUCCAUGCUAUAGUUUUUUUUGCCAGCUGGUUGCUGUCGUUGAAUGGUAUGGCGGUGGAAGAGUGCGUGUCUUCAUGGACGCGGAGACGGAGCGUCUGUAUGCUGGCAAGGAACAUGGUUUUAUGUUGAUGAAUCAUUCGUAUGAAAUUGAUUGGUUGGUCGGUUGGAUGCUUCUCGACAAGUUGACUCUGCUGGGCAACUCCAAAGCCUUCACGAAGCGGGCGCUCAGCUAUCUGCCCUUUGUGGGCUGGGCCUGGUGGCUCGCAGAGUUCGUGUUUCUCAAUCGGGACUUUGAGAAGGAUAAGGAGCUGAUUGCCAAGCAGUUGAAGGUGAUUUACUCGUAUCCAGAUCCCACAUGGUGUCUGCUCAAUGCGGAGGGCACCCGUUUCAAUCAGGUCAAACACGAGGCAUCCGUCAAGUUUGCCCAGGAGCGGGGAAUGACUCCCCUCAAGCAUCAUUUGAUACCACGCACAAAGGGAUUCACGACCAGCAUGCCCACACUGCGUGGCAUUUGUCCAGCGAUCUAUGAUGUUAAUACGGUCUUCUCUCGGGAUGCCAAGGUGCCGGCAACUGUAAAUUCCGUGCUGAGUGGCCAGAAACUGGAACCAUGUGUUUUAGUCCGUCGCUUUCCACUGGACGUGGUGCCCGUCGAUGAGAAGGCGGCAGCUGCCUGGCUGCAGAACCUGUAUGUGGAAAAGGAUCGCAUAUUGGACAGUUUCCAUGAGACGGGCAGUUUCUUCAAGACGUCGGGCAUCAAGGAGGUGCCCUCCAAAUUGCACCAGCCCCGCAUCUGGACCCUAAUUAAUUUUUGUGCAGUUGCAACCAUUUCCAUAAGCUCCAUUUUAUACUAUCUGAUCGCGUCUGUGCUGGCGGCCAACUGGUUUGGCGUCAUAGCAACGAUGACAGUUUUACUCAUCUUUUACAUAUUGCUGAGGAAAGCGAACGAUAUGUCGCAGAUCGGCAAAGCUUCGAGUUAUGGCAUCGCCAAGUCGAAAACUACUUAGAAUUUAUUUAAAUUAGAGUAUCUGACGCUUAAAUGCCUUACAUAUUUACGUAUGUAGUUAUAUCGUUUUAACAUUUUUAAUAUGCAAUUGAAAAUAAAGAACUCACAUUGAAGUCAACUA